UGUAUAUUGCAGUACUGAGCUGAGUGAAUAUUUGAUGUUUCCUUCUUCUCUUUCACACUUUUGCUUAUUCAACACUGUGCAGUGUAUGUACGACAAAAUAAAAAUGAAAAACCAUCUUCAUACCCGUUGAUCUCACGCAUUAAUCACGCUAAUAAUCUUCCAUUGAUUCCUUUGUCUCCAAAAGCCCAAUAAACAAAUAUAAGAACCAAAUAUUAGACUUUUUCUCACUUUUUGCCAUGAAAUUUCUGUGUUUGCGUGUACAAAGUCAAUGCACCGACUACUGCUGCUCAACUUCCCUUUCGCUGGAUCUGAGUCUGUGCUUGCUCAGUUUCCAGUUUCUCUCGAAAACAUUUUUCAACUCUACGUCAUAUUGAUGGGUCUGGAUCAGUGACCCUUAUUAUUUUUCUCUGUCUUUGUCUUUUUUGCUUGUUCUUUAAGCUAGGUGGGAGUUUGGAGCAUAGAGAGAAUCAUCAAGUUGAUCAAUGCUGGAAAAGAAGUAUAUAAUCAAGAAUCAAACAAGUAUUAUUUAUGCCUUUUACAGACAAUCUUCGAAGAGUUUGACUAGAAUAUCCAAGAAUAUCACAGAAUAUGCCUCAAGACGGUCUAAAAUCAUCCAUUUACAGAUCGUUUGUCACAUGUGAUGAUCCUAAAGGGGUAGUAGAUUGUAGGACAACAAGAAAAUCCAAAACCAGUUCCCAGAAAAUAGAGCAUAAGAGCGAAGGAAAAAGAAAGCUGAAGAGCUCAACUUCAUCUUUGGAUAUAAAGCCAGAGAAACAAGAAAUGCCCUCUAAAAGGAUCACAGAAGAACUUCAUAGCCCAUCUUCAUUUCAGCUCAGGGAGGUUUCUAGAGAAGCUCAAAAGCUGAACCAGACCAUUGAGUCUUGGUCUAAGGGCUUGAGCUUUGAUGGGCAGUCCACAGACAUUGCAAAAGAUUUGUUAAAAGGAGCUCUUGAUCUGCAAGAUUCUCUGGUCAUGCUUGGCAAAUUGCAGGAAGCUUCGCAGUACAUGGCUCACCUGAAGAAGAAACAGAUCGACAGGUCUGAAAGAUAUGGAAAACAUGAAGUUGGGAUUGAAAGAACGCAUUCAGAUCAGUACAGAGAGAGCAAUUUCAUGCCUGGAUUCCAAAAACCUCGGCUUUCUGCUGAUUGGUCUUCCAGAAGUAGCACAGAGGAGCUUAAGAAGGUCAGCGGAAAAGAUGAAGUUAGAAUUGAAAGAACGUAUUCAGAUCAGUACAGAGAGAGCAAUUUCGUACCUGGAUUUCAAAAGCCUCGGCUUUCUGUUGAUGGGUCUUCUAGGAAUAGCACAGAGGAACUUAAGAAGGUGAUCAAAGAAAGCCUUGUAAGGCAAAAUCUAUUACCAAAUACAAAGAUUCAUGAAAGGGCUAUUUUUCCCCCAAGAAAUUUUGACUCAGCUUCAGAAACUCCCUCCACCAGCUCAAGUCAAUCAUCCUUUCUUCAUGCCGCUACUGAUUCUGCUCCUGCAUCAGCACCUCCACAGAAGACAAAGGGUCCAAAUCUGAUUGCCAAGCUCAUGGGUUUAGGAGAAUUUCCUCCAAAAACUUUGCAUCCCAGUCCACAGAAACAGUUUGAGGAUCAAAAAAUUUCGAAUCAGCAAAGACCUGCCUUUGAGAUUGAUAAGCCAAAGGUGAGAAAGCCUCAAUCUGAACUUCAGAUAGCCAACAAGGAAAGGACCUUAAAGGAAAUUAUUGAAACCAUGCAAUUUAAAGGACUUCUGAGAAGCAAUUCUGCUAAAGAGCUUCAACCCAGUUUCCAACAUUCUAGUCAUUCUCAUCCAGAAGAGAAAUGGAUUGAUGAAAGUCAACCUAUUGUACUUAUAAGACCUCUGCGUGCUCCAUGCGUGGAAACGAAGAAGCAUCAUACACCAUUGUUUCAAGAAGAAGAGGAUUUGGAUAGAAGAAAGAUGCUAAGAAAGUUGAGAACAAAAGAGCGGUCUACUUUGAAAGCAAUGUUGAAGUCUGACAAAAUGCCCAGAAAACUAGAAGGUACUCCAAUAAAAGAGCUUGAACUGGAAGGAGCUAAAGAACAUAGAGUAACAGUUGAAAAAACAGAAGCAAAAGAUGCUGUUGAAAAACCAGAAGCAAAAUAUGUUGUUGUUAAAGAAAGGCCUUCAAAUAAGUUGAGAAAUUCACAUCCUGUAAACCACAAACCACAGAAAAAGGAGGCAAUUGAGAAGAAAGCUGAUAAGGCUCAAAAGGAGGCUGCUCUUAGCCGGAAGUCAUUGGAGAAGGAUACAGUAAAAGUUAAACAUGCCCCAAAGUCUAAAGAACAGGCCAAGAUGAUCUCUUCAAAGGCAAAAAAACCUGAUUCUGGAUCAAACAUCACAAAGCAUCAAAUUUCUCGACAAUCCAGUACCAAAUCCUGCACCAUUGUGAAACAUACAACACAAAGUCUAACUCGUAAUUCCAGUGAUCAGAAGAAGAAUCGUGUAAAGAAGGAAACGCUUGUCAGGGAGCCUACAGCAGCUAAAUCAGUUACCAAAAAUGUAGGAUGCAAAGAAGAUGACAAGAAAGUUGACCUUGCCAGUGAAAGUGACUGUCCUUUGAUAAGCACCAACUCUAGUCUCGAGGAUCAACACCCUAAAGAGGAUGCUCAGGCCUCUGGUUCACAGAUUGGAGAAAAUUACAGCGAUUGUCAAAGGUCUCUUUGUGAUCUUACACUGUCAACCACCAACCAUGAAACAGACAUUGCAGAAGAAGCUUCCAGUCCCAUUGGUCUUUGUAGAACAGAUAGCAAAACCAUAAAAAACAAAGCUAACCUGAAAUCUCUGCUUUUGAGCAGUCCAUCAUUCCUGGCUCUUGUAAAGGAGCUUUUCGAUCUCAGUUUGAAUGCCUCUACCGAAUUACAAACAUCUAGUGCCAAUGAUUUUGGAGCAUCCAGUAUGAAACUUUCCUCAGAUUGUGCAAAUGAACUCGUUGAACGUAAAGGUUCUCAAUAUUCACAAAGAUUCCAUCCUAAUGUAAGACUAUGCAUCACUCUAGAGGACUUGAUGGAAGAAAUUUGUAAUGGAAUUGAGACUCUGAAGAAUUACACCAAGCUUGGAGGUGAAAACCCACCUGUAGACAGCCAAUGUUCAAUCUUGGAGAGGGAUAUGAUGUGCAAAGGGUUUGUAAAUGGAAUCUGGGAAUCUGGAUGGAGCAGUCAAUAUUCCCUGGAUGAAGCAGAGCAAGUUGUGAAUGACAUUGAGAAAUUGAUCCUAAGUGGAUUAAUUGAAGAAGUUUUUACUUAAUUUGAACUUCAAAACUAUCAUGCAUAAUUUUUUAUUGGCAAACAGAUUUCAAUAGGUUAGUGUUUCAAUAUUUGGCUUUUUCUUCUGUAUAUAAUAUAAGUUUUCUCUGAUUAAUACAUAGAGAGAGAAACCUUGUACUACUGACUCAAGGUUAUAAUUUCAUAUGAUGUAUGUAUGGUUCUAGAUGUUCAUAGGA